AUGGGUGCCCGCAAGUUCGUGCAGCGCCUGGAGGUGUCACACCCGCCAAACCAGACGUGGUCGGAAAUGCUUCUAGAAAGCGAAGACCUUCGACCGGUGGAGGAAGACAGGAGGACAUGGCGUGCACGAAACUUCACGACUUUUUGGAUUGCGGACAGCUUCAAUGUCAACACGUGGAUGAUCGUGUCGUCUAUGAUCGACCUCGGCCUAUCCUGGUGGCAAGCCUGGAUCUGUGUCUGGAUCGGGUAUGGUGUCGUCGGCCCGUUCAUCGUGGCCGACGCACGACCCGGUGCGGUGUAUCACAUCACCUUCCCUGUUGUGGCGCGAACGAGCUUCGGUCUGUGGGGAAGCUUGUGGUGUGUCUUUAACCGCGGUGCAAUGGCAUGUAUCUGGUAUGGUGUCCAGGCCAGCAUUGGUGGCUCGUGUAUGAAGGUCAUGUUACGUUCGAUGUGGCCGAGCGUCCAAAACAUCCCCAACCAUUUACCUACCUCUUCGGGAACCACGACGCGCGACUUCAUGUGCUUCUUCCUAUUCUGGUUGAUAUCACUGCCCGCCAUCUGGUUUCCUAUUCACAAGAUUCGCCACCUCUUCACUGUCAAGGCGAUCGUGGCCCCUGCAGCUGGCAUCACCUUCUUCAUCUGGUGUAUUGUAAAGGCGAAGGGUGUUGGCCCCAUCAUUCAUCAACCGUCAACUGUGCACGGAAGCGAGCUGGGAUGGGCGAUGGUCAGCAGCUUGAUGAGCUGCAUCAGCAACAUGGCCACGCUUAUCACGAACGCGCCGGAUUUCGCAUCGCGCGCAAAUCGUCCGUCAGCCACCGGUUGGCCGCAGUUCUUCGCCGUACCCAUCACGUUCUCGCUGGUGUCUUUCAUCGGCAUCAUCGUCUCCUCCUCUUCACAGGCCAUCUUCAACGAGACCAUCUGGUCGCCAAUUGACCUUCUCGACCGCUUCCUCGAUGACGGGCCUUCACACGCUACUCGCUUCGGCGUCUGGUUUAUCUCUGCGGCGUUCGUCAUAGCCCAGAUUGGUACCAACAUCUCGGCGAAUAGCAUCAGCGCGGGAUGUGAUCUCACCGCUCUGUUCCCUCGCUUCAUCAACAUCCGCCGAGGUGGCUUUGUUGCGGCCAUUGUCGGCAUCGUCAUGCUACCCUGGAACUUGCUCAAGAGCAGCAAUCAGUUCACGAGCUACCUCUCGGCGUACUCGGUCUUCUUGAGCAGCAUAGCGGGGGUCAUGAUCACGGAGUACUUCCUCAUCCGUCGUGGUCAUUAUCGGGUGGCCGACCUGUACUCGGCACGCCGCGACGGCUGGUACUAUUACACAUACGGCAUCAACUUCCGAGCGUACGCUGCGUAUAUUGCGGGUAUCCUUAUCAACGUCGUUGGCUUUGCUGGAGCAACCGGACGCUCCGUCCCUCUUGCGGCGACGCGCAUCUACCAGAUGUCGUUCUUCACUGGUUUCGGUAUCUCGAUGGUCAUCUAUCUAGCCCUGAAUUACGUAUUCCCGCCCGCAGGAAAGAAUGCGCACUUCGCCGAGAUCGACGAGUCUGCCAAUGAGCUUCCGGCCUCUGGAGACGACGCAGGAUCAGAAGAGGGCUAUUACGGCGAUGAGAAGAAGCGGAGCGAGAGCGUCGAGGUGAAGCAAGUCGCUUGA